AUGACCGAUUUGAUCAAUAAUGAUUCACCAGGACUCCUAUCGCCUAGCUCUUCGUUGGUUUCGAUUGUGAUUACAACUGAUGAUGAACACAGCAAUUCACGCCCAUCAAAAUUUCGUGGACGCAAUGAUGUUAGCAGCGAAUCAUCUAAUGAUGAUAUUGAUUUAGAAGAGAGUCUGCCCAACAAUCACAUUUUGCAGCCAGAUACAUCAGAUUCUGUUCACACUCCGCAUUCACAACUGUUGAUUAAACUACUCUCACCCGACGGCGCAUUAGUCAGCAAAUUAUCGGAUUCAAAUUGCACAAAUGAAGCACAAAAUUUACGUGACAGAACUGAAAUACGACCUUUACGUGGUACAACACUCUAUAUUGCUGAAUGUAAUGUUGAUACUCGUUUCGGUGAAUUUCACGCCUAUAUUUUUCAAGAUUUGAUCGGAAAACAUUAUAUUAUAGCUUUAACUUAUGGAAAAAUUAAAGAAAAAGAUAAACCAUUUUAUAUUCGUCUUCAUUCAUCAUGUGUAACAAGUGAGACAUUACGCGGAAGUGAUUGCGAUUGUGUACAACAGUUGGAAGGCGCUAUUAAAAUAAUAUCUGAAAAAAAACAUGGCAUUCUAUUCUAUCUUUUACAAGAAGGUCGUGGUGCUGGUUAUGUUGGAAAAGCACGCGAUCGAAUGCUUGUACAAGCAUCAUGCGAUCAAAUUUCAACAUUUGAAGCAUAUUAUUUAAUGGGCUUGAAGAAAGAUCAUCGACAUUAUGAAAAUAUUCCACAAAUUUGUGAUUUGCUUGGCAUUGGUAAUGCUCAAUUUAUUUUACUUACCAAUAAUCCAGAUAAAAUUAAAGCAAUGGAUGAUCUUAAACUGCAAGUAAUACAAAUUGAACAACUCGAAUUUGAAUCAUCACCAUUCAAUUCUGCUUACUUAGCAUCUAAGCAAUCUAGUGGUCAUUUGUUACGCAGUGCCAGUCAUUCAACACUUCGCGGCAAAUCAGCACCAGAA